AUGGCUAUGAUCAUUGAUGCAACUGCAAAAUAUGGAAUACGAGGAGCCAUCAAAUCUCUGCUAUCGCCACAGAGCACGUCGAGCAAUUGCAACGAAAGAUCUACUCCGCAAUACGUAUGCGCACGCAAGAGAUACGAAAGCGGAAGAAAGGGACGAAUAUGUGUUUAUCAGGUCGGCGAUGAACGUACAGACAGUGGCGGACGCAAAGUCAGGCUAUACACCAAUGUAGAAGGUGCCAAUCUCGACAAAGACGAGCGACAAAGUUUCAUCGGCAUUGAGCAUACUGGUAACUACAAAAUGAGCAGCAGCACGAGGCACAAAAAGGGCCGAACCCCGCCAACGCCAGAUAGAGGGACAAAAAGCAAAGUAGACUUACAGAGGCUAGAUUUCAAACCUUGCGAUCUAAGCGACGACGGCUCUGACAGGCGUUCUAAGAGCGACGGCACGGCUCCGUCUCAAGCUAAGGGAUUAAGCUCAAGCUCGAACAAAGAGUCCACCGAGUCAUCGGACCUGAUCUUCGGCACAAGCUUCGAGAUGGCAUCGCGAAGGAAGCUACGAGCGGGUAGCAUGAACGAUCGCAUUGCGCCAGACAUGCAUGAGUUCGCAUCACACCUUAUACGCGAUCAUCCGCUAGGCGAGGCCGAACAGAAGAAGGAAGCACGUAGCUCAUCUCACAAGUCAAACACUUUGAAUCUCAAAAAUCUCCCAUCCGGCCUCAGCGGAGCGCAGAAGCCGCAAUCUGUUGCAAAGAUUGCCUUGGAACAGGUUUCUAUUGAUAUGCUUGGAGUAGUCCAUGCUCAGACCAGUGCGCCAUCCUAUCGCUCCAUACCAACGGUCACACCUGGUACCCCUCCUUACAUACCAGACAAGGGCGAAUUGGAUCAGAAGUAG